UGCUACUUGCGGUCAAAUUUUGCAAGAAAUGGACUAUUUUGGGCGUCGCCUAUAGUGUUCCUGCGGAGGCUUCCUCUUAUUCAUGGUUUGUCACUGGACAAAGAGCAACGCAGUGGGCAAAAAUGUGGAGAAAAGCGCUGCGUAGACCUUUUUGUUCACAACCAGAAGUACCCAGUUUGUAUUCCUUUCUCCAACCUUCAAUCUUCUCCUUAAAAACAUCGCAAUCACCUUCUACAACCCCACCUAAACCCCAUGACAGAACCCCUUUAACCUUAACUCAAGAGCACAAAUCAAAUCUUGAAAUCACACUUCAAGACUCCAUCAAAAGUAGCAACACAGAUGAAGCUUGGAAAUCAUUCAAGAUUCUUUCAAAUUACUCGUCUUUACCUAGUAAGUCACUUACUAAUUCACUUGUUAUUCAUUUGUUGUCAAUGAAUGACACCCAUAAUGUAAAAAGAGCAUUUGCAUCAGUGGUUUAUUUGUUAGAGAAGAAACAAGAAUUGUUAAAGCCUGAAACUGUGCAUGUACUGUUGAGCUCAAUGAGGGAUGGUGGUGGUGGUGUUGCACCUGCUUUUGCAUUGGUGAAGUGUAUGUUCAAGAACAGAUUUUUUAUCCCUUUUGGUUUCUGGGGUGAUGUACUUGUGGAGAUUUGUAGGAAAAAUGUGAACUUUGGUGGGUUUUUACAAGUUUUUAAUGAGAAUUGUAGGAUUGCUAUUGAUGAGAAGUUGAAUUUCUUGAAGCCUAGUUUGUCAGCUUGUAAUGCUGCAUUAGAAGGUUGCUGUCGAGAGGUUGGAUCAGUUGGUGACGCGGAGAAAGUAGUAGAGACCAUGUCAGUUUUGGGUGUUAGGCCUGAUGAAUGUAGUUUUGGUUUAUUAGCUUAUUUGUAUGCAUUGAAGGGUCUUAAAGAGAAAAUAGAUGAGUUAGAAGGUUUACUAAGUGGAUUUGGUUUUCCGGAUAAAGGGGUUUUUCGUAGUAAUUUGAUCAGCGGAUUUGUAAAGUGUGGUAAUUUGGCAUCUGUUUCAGCAACUAUUCUUCAAGGUGUAAGAGAAACGGGUGGACAAGGAUUAUGUUUUGAAGAAGGAACUUAUAAUGAAGUAGUAAGUGGAUUUCUUCAAAAUGGGAGCAUAAAAGAUUUAGCUACUUUGAUUGGUGAAACUCAGACCUUGGAAUCUCUGUCCGUGAUUGUUGAGAGAUCCAUUGGAUAUGGCAUCAUAAAUGCUUGCGUUAAUCUCGGGUUAUUGGACAAGGCACACAUGAUAUUUGAUGAAAUGAAUGCUCAGGGGGCUUCUUUAGGUCUUGGAGUCUACCUUCCAAUACUGAAGGCAUAUUGCAAAGAGCAAAGAACCGCUGAAGCUGCUCAACUGGUGACAGACAUAAGCAGUUUAGGUCUCCAAUUGGAUGUUGUUACGUAUGAUGCUCUAAUUGAAGCUUCAAUGUCAUGCCAAGAUUUUCAGUCUGCAUUUUCUAUGUUUCGGGACAUGAGAGAAGCAAGAAUACCUAACUUGCAAGGGAGUUACUUGACAAUCAUGACCGGUUUAACCGAAAGUCAUCGGCCCGAGCUCAUGGCAGCUUUCUUGGAUGAGAUUGUUGAGGAUCCUAGGAUUGAAAUCGGAACACAUGAUUGGAACUCCAUCAUCCAUGCUUUCUGCAAGGCUGGACGGCUAGAAGAUGCAAGGAGGACUUUCAGGAGAAUGACCUUCCUUCAUUUUGAACCAAAUGAGCAGACAUAUCUUUCUCUAAUUAAUGGAUAUGUGACUGCGGAGAAGUAUUUCAAUGUGUUGAUGCUAUGGAAUGAAGUCAAAAGAAAGGUUUCAGCAGAAGGAGAGACAAAGUUGAAACUAGAUACUAGCCUGGUUGAUGCAUUUCUGUAUGCAUUGGUCAAAGGGGGCUUCUUUGAUGCAGUAAUGCAAGUUGUGGAGAAAUCACAGGAAAUGAAAAUAUUUGUUGAUAAAUGGCGAUAUAAACAAGCAUUCAUGGAGAAACAUAAGAAGCUCAGAGUUUCAAAGUUAAGAAGGAAAAAUCGCAAUAAAAUGGAGGCACUUAUUGCUUUCAAAAAUUGGGCUGGUUUGAGUGCUUGAUGAACUCAUAUCUGUCGCUUGCCUAUUUUGCUUGAUUCUGAAUGCUGUAUCAUCUUGCUACUGGGUCCUAAAAUACUCAACUUAACGUCAAAGGCUAACAUGGAUUUUAGGGCUUUCGAUGCUGGCACAGCAAGUGCCAAACAGGAAGCUCGCCUGGUAAUUAUAAGCUGCAGAGCCUCUAGCAGGUGACACACAAUGAAGAUGUAUUGUGCUUGUCAAAUCAUAAGGAAAAGUGUGAUCGUGACUUCCAAGAAGCAGGAUUAUGCUCUGGGUAAAACACCAGUCUCCUCGAGUUAAAUACUGCAGAACCACUCCAUAGACCACUAGUCCUACCUGGCUAUGACCAACAUACUCUAGUAGGUGCUAUAUCAUGAAAUCUUCUUAUUUGUAACGCUCUUGUAUAAGAUUUUUUCACUACUCUCAGCAGGAGAAAUUGGCAUGGUCAGACCAGAAACAGUGAGAGAAAGUACCCCUGUGCUUGUAGAAAAACUCAACAAAUUACUUAAUUUACUUACAAAUGCAUAACAUCCUUGAUUGGUCCGUUGAUCACCAACGCUCCCUUUGAUGUUGUUACUAUGUGUCUGGUCAGAUUAUUUUGUUGUUCAACUCUUGAAUAGCGGUUGCAGAUAUCUGAUGAGGAGCCGAUUUUUCCAGUACAAAUUGUUUGGAACAGUUUAACUCAGACGAGCAAAUGUCAACAACAUUUUGAUGUUUACAAGGAAUGCAAGAAAAAGGAGAGGGAAGCUCGGUUGGAGCGCAAUCAAAGUCGGUCUUUAUUCUCAUGAGUCACAACAGAUUGAAGUCUAUAGUGCUAUCAUUAUAAAAUAUUAAUCAGGCUAAUAACACUUUCAUGUAACUUAUUCCAAGAAGCGACUGUAAUGUGGAUGCUUCACGUUAGAAUCAAUGUGAUCAUGUUUGUUGUAGCCUUUUGGUAAUAGGUUCAUUGAUUUGCAAUAAAUGAUGAGGAUUGAGUUGAAUAUAUUUGAAUGUUGAUUUAUAGGUGA